UGGCAAAUUUGGUCAACAAAUGCGUCAGGAUCGUUUUUGGCAGAGACAAAGUCAAAUCAUCAAAAAAACGCACCUGAGCUCGACGUCGUAGGAUACCAGACUAUUGGGAUUAGUAUGUCUGUCGAAUCGCUUAUUCCAAUGGUUAACAGAUGGCUCGAAGGAGUUCAUUCAGCCAUGGCUAUCAACUCUGCCAGUCAAGAUGAAUCGAGUGAGGAUGAAAUAGAAGACGAGGAAGAUGCUGAAUUAUCAUCACCAACCUCAGACAAAACUGCAAGUACGACGCCGGAUCCACGGUCCGGUCACGAUUGCGAUAAAAGAAAACCUUUCAAAAGUCGCUUUUUCAAAAGAACCAAAGAAAAAUGCAUCGACUAUAACGAUAAUGUGGCUGACAGUACACCCGAUUUACUGCCAAACAUUGCUUCAAAAAGAUCUCUCUCAACUGAGGAUUUACCAAGAAAUUUGGAAAGAUUUUCUGGACAUUAUGACAUUGAGCAGAAUUCUCAGGAACCGUCGUACUUCUGUUACAGUCACUCGCACACAAAAAGAGAUUCUUUUGACUCGACUGUAGCACAGCGUCCUUUUUCUCCAUGUUCGACUUUAGCGGCUUCAGAUCAGUUCUCCGUUUGCGAAGAAGACAUCGUUCUAAUGAGUCCACGGUUUCGAGGGAUUUCCUCGCAGAGGCGAGCAUCGGAUGGAAUGGUACAGCGAAUCCCUGUUCAAUGGACAAUGCCGGAGUCCAAUCAUGGAUUCUCUAGCUCAUCCAUUGAUGUUAAUGGUACCUGUAGUAGAUCAUCUAGUAGGCCAGCGACGCCUGCAACGCCAGUUUCUCCAUUUAUCAAGAUAAAAGCAAGCGGAGGAUUCAAAUUACCCCCGCUUAAUGCACCCAACCCAAGAAGGCCAAAAUUACAGGAACUGCCAUCGAUUACUAUAUCUGAAAACAGUGGAAGUAGUAGCCAGGGGUCGCUGGAGUCUUUUAUUGAUGAGCAACCUUGUGCGGCACCUAAAAACCUCGAACAAACAUUAAUCAACACAGCUGAGGGGAAGUCGCUUUCCGCUGUCAAAAACGCGAAACAUCUUCUCCAAAGGCGUCGAGGAUCGCUUCCUACGGUCAUGUCUGCAAUACGCAACAGCGCUCUACCAAUCGUCAAAGAAGAACAUCCACAUACUGAGGAAGAAAACAAGAAACCAGCACGUGAUAAGCACGUUAACCUUCAGAUUCCACGGCAUAGGUUCCGUUCAAAGAGUCUGGACGGGCAGCUGGGCACUGCUAGUGAAUGGGAACAAUACAAGGCGCGUGCCAUGGAGAGAAGAGCGCAGCUCCCGUAAUGCAACAACAAAGAUCUAUCAUCAUAUCUAACUAAAUGAGUUUAUUUAAGCUUAGUGUGUUGAGUGGAAAUUACCGUAUAUGCUGUUCGUUGCAGGAUUUAUUUCGCUCCAGUGCCCGCGCAGUCUUGCUAGCGUGGAAGAGUCUGGGCAUCUGGAACCCAGGAUUUUUCAAUAUUCGGAUUCAUUAAGCCUCAUAAUAUUUGCGAAUAAUUAAUGAGCGCGAAAAUCAAGCAUAUUGGUCAGGUUUGGGACGACUAUUACAAAAAUAAGACGUAUUGUCUAUCGGGAAAAAUCUGGAGAGUUACAAUUGUGAAAAAAUUAUGCGCUCGUGCAAAGCUCAAAAGCGGUGUUGUAGAGCCAGACGAAGAGGACGUCGCAUACCUAUCUUCUCUAACCUCAAAGGCAUCUGUCUUCCUGUUUACUAUUCUCUGGGUUUCCUGUGGUGAACGAUGAAAGAGGAAGACAAGGAGAGGGCACGGAAAAGAAAGAAACCCCAGAGACCUCUCAUUUUUACUGCGCAUGCUCGACGAAAUGCCAUCGAACACAUCGAUGCACACAGGUAGCCCAAUAACAGCAAAUUACUGAAAAGAUAAACAGGAGUAAGAAUAUACGCCCUUGCACGAGGUUGCGACCCUCGUUUGUUGACUGAGACUCAAACCAUCGCGCACAAUAGUGUGUAUAAAAUCAAACGCAUCUGUAAAUAUAUGAUUUUAUGUAGCCAAUCUAUGAGUUUUACCAACCAACAAAAUCAACCAAAGCAAAAAAAAAAAAAAAA